AUGGAAGAAAUGCACAGUUAUAUAAGAGCGGACAUGUUAGAGAAACGAUCAGAUAAAGAGUUCAAUUCUCUAUACAAUCUAAAGCUAACAAACAGCAAGUCUGUUUUCAAGAUUUUAACAACUAGUUUGAAUAACUGAUUAAAAAAAGGGUAAUCUUACAGAUCAUUGUUGACACGAUGAACCAGGAGUUAUGUGGUUGUUCACUAACACAUUUUCACUGAUCGCAAUUUCAGUCAAAUCUUUUUUCAAUAUCCACAGAUUGCGUGACUGCAACUCUUGGUACACCUGAGCAAAGAUUACGUCACAAUCUAUCACAGGACUACCAUCCUAAUGUGCGACCUGUGCUCACGCCCAAUGACAUCAUUAAUGUCACUUUUUCUUUCCGCUUUAGCAGGAUCGUUUCACUGGUAAGGGAGAGUUCUUCCGCUUUGACGAAGAUGAAUUUUUAUUUGGAAGUCCAUUCUGCGAUAGUAGUUAUUCAAGAAAUGAUGGAAGAGCCAGAAAGGUUCCCAAGCCUGGCCUGGAACAUGCCAAUUUUCUUCAACCCCCUUGACCCCUCAGAGUGACUGCCAUCUCAUUUCCCCUCACAAUAUUACCUCUGAAUAAAACUUAUAGGUCAUGUACUUCAAUUUCCCUCAAAUUAAAAAAAAAAAAACAAAAAACCUAAGGAAUUGACAUUGGCCCACUCUCUGAAUAUCCAUGUCCACCUAAUCACAAAUGAAAUAUGAAAUAAAAGAAAAUAAAGGUAUAAGUUCUUCCUAUUUUUUCCGUUCCUUUUCAUUUUAGGACAUAAAAAAUCAGGUUCUUACUACAGACGCUUGGAUUGUUCAGGUAUGUUUCCAUAGUCUCUUAAUAGUAAAUUAUUACACCAACACAGGCAUGACAAGUGACGAAAAUUGACUCUGAGAGGGGAGAGAAGGCAAAAGGAGAUGGUAUGACCUAAAGAAAGAGAUGAAUACUGGGAACUGGCGAAAUGAAAGGAAGGAUAAGAGGGAAGCGAGUAAGCUGGGAAUGAGAGAGGAAACGAACGAAAGGGAAGUUAGAAUUGAAUGAAAAAAGGGUAAGAGAAAUACGAGGGACUCAGAAAUGGCGGCGAAUCCUAGAAAAAAACAAAACUAAAACUAAAAAAAAAAAAAAAAAAAACCGAGCAAUAGAUCAAAACAAACAAAAUCAAGACAAACCAAAAUAAAACACAAAACAGGCUCUUCAAAUUUAAAACUAGUCUUACCCAGAAGUUUUCCUCACUUCUGACACCUUCGUAGGUAAGCUUUGAUUGAAAAUCGAACUCAAUUAAACCUGUAAGGAAAGCCUAUCCUUACCCAAUACUCCGCAAAGAGACGGCACUGAAAAACUUUCCUCUGUCUUUUUCAUGACAGUCGUGGAAAAAUCCUUACUUAAAGUGGGAUGAAUCUGCUUACGAAGGGUUACAUACACUGCACAUGUCACCUCAGGAUGUUUGGGUCCCGGACACAGUUCUUUACAACAAGUAAGAAAUUAAUGCUUAUACUACUACUGGCAUAACUAGAAUUCGUUCCUUCUUUCCUAAUUCCGUAAACAGGCUCCAGUUGAAAGGUUCGAAAAGCGAAUCCGUGUGGGACACAUCACUUGUUGAAUAAAGAGGAAUAGGCGUGGCCUUGUUCCCUCCCCAACCCACCCCCCCCUCUCCUCACCCAUUUCCAUUUCUUUAUUAGAAAUGAAGAAGAAGAGGAAUACCCAGGUAACAGUGUACGUGAUUGCAAGCAGCUUAUACCACAAUGUCAAAUUAAAAAAAAAACAGGAUUGUCAGUUUGCUUGGAAAUGACAAAAGAAAAAAAACAGUGUCGCAAAAUGCAGCGGACAGCACGUACCAAAGUGUUUUUCAAAUUUAUUCCUUACGGGACUGUGAUACACAAUUUGCAUCUUUGACAUAGGCUGGCGCAAAAUGAUUACCUUUGUUUUUUAAAGCCCAAGUUACUUCCAAAUCGUGGAAAUAAAUGUUCCUACUCUUAUUUCCUUUUAAUCAGUGCUGAUGAAGAUGUAACGCUGUCAGGGUUCAAAGAAAAGUUCAAGACAUACGUCAUGGUUUACAGCGAUGGAACCAAUAAAUGGAUGUCACCUGCGACAUUUAAAAGCUCCUGUGACAUGAGGGUAAAAUUUUACCCGUUUGACAAGCAAGAAUGUAAAUUAACGUUUGGUUCAUGGACAUAUGACAGCAGGUUACUGAGAAUGAUCAAUCCAGCUGGAAAAUAUUCACAUUCAGGUUUGUCGGAGUAAUGAAAUAAUCAGUACGUUAUGGGGAUGCAGGGAGCGCAAAUGGUGCAGCGGUGAGUUACUCGCCUCUUACCGCUGUGGCCUGGGUUCCAUUCCCAGACCUGUGAUUACAUGUGGGAUGAGUUUGAGUUGUAUUCCUCCAGUAGUAAGAAGUCUGGGUACGAGUCUGAAUGGAACUCCCCGCAGUUAACUGUUUUACUUUACUUUGUUUUUCUUGUCAGAAAAGUUUAUUGAGAGUGGGGACUGGACUCUGGAGGAUGUGACAAUAGAAACUGUCGAUGAAGAUUUCGACUGCUGCGACUAUCCGUUCUCUAAUAUCAUCUAUUCGUUCCAUUUUCGGCGCAAAACUUUGUAUCAUAUACUGUACCAGAUCCUGCCUUGUGUGGUGAUAAUUCUCCUUGUGAUACUGAACUUUAUCAUCCCUCCCGAUAGUGGCGAGAGAAUCAGCUUUUGUAUCACCAUAUUGCUCUCUAUGAGUGUCUAUCUCCUGAUUUUGGCCGAUUCUUUGCCGGAAACAUCCGAUGAUGUAGCGAUUCUUGGGUUGUAUUACAUGUCGACUAUAUUUCUUAUCGGGUUCAGCCUCGUGGGUACAGUCGUCGUGCUUCGGUGCCACUUCGCCGAGAGAAAACCGUCGGCGUCUCUAGUCAAGUUUGCAAAGUUUGUGCUCAGGCGAAACGAAAGAAAGAGAACAAACAACACAGUGUUUGUAAGGUCAAAAUCACCGUCAAAUCCUCAAGAAACAGAAGAGAAUGAAGUAAAAAGGGCGGAAAACACACAAGGCGCUGACGAAUCGGCAUUGCAAUACGUUGUCAAUACUAUGAAGGAAAAGAGAGAACAGUGCGAAUGGAAGGACUCUUGGAGAGAGAUAGCAGAAGCGAUGGAUCGACUGCUUCUAGUUAUUUUUCUCAUCCUGGGUAUCUCAACCACGAUAGCAAUUUGGAUUCGAAAGCCUUGAGUUAAGAACUCCGGUCUUGUAAUAUGGAUGGGACACUACCAU